UCAUCUCCAGACAGGAAAGAAUCAUUAAUCUUAAAAAAAAAAAAAAAACCUUUUCCCACACCUGUAUCUAACUAACAUAGACAGUAUGUGGUUCACAGGUCAAGAGUUUUACAUCCUUAUGGUUCCUGUCUGAACCAUCCGAUGCUGUUACCAUGCGUGGAGGUAAUGUUGUACUGAACUGCUCAGCACAAUCUGAUCGGGGAGCACCAAUAAUCAAGUGGAAGAAGGAUGGAGUUUAUCUGAAUCUGGUAAUAGAUGAAAGAAGACAGCAACUCCCGAGUGGGUCUUUCCUCAUACAGAAUGUGGUCCACUCCAGGCACCACAGGCCGGAUGAGGGUGUUUACCAGUGUGAAGCUUCCUUAGAUAGUGUUGGAACAAUAGUCAGCCGGACAGCUAAAGUACUAGUUGCAGGUCCACUGAGAAUUCUCUCCCAGACGGAGUCUGUCACAGCAUUUGUGGGAGACACGGCAUUGUUACGGUGUGAAAUCGCGGGGGAGCCCAUGCCCACCAUAUCUUGGCAGAAAAAUGAAGAGGAUCUGAAAGUGACACCCGGGGACCCCCGUCUGCUUGUGCUCCCCUCGGGGACAUUACAGAUUAGCAGACUCCAAACGGCAGAUGGUGGGGUUUAUAGAUGUUUGGCGAAAAAUCCUGGCAGUGCCAGAGUAGGAAAUGAAGCUGAACUCCGCAUUCUGUCAGAAUCGGGGUUACACAGACAGCAAGUCUUUCUGCAGCGACCGUCCAAUGUUGUUGCUAUCGAAGGACAAGAUGCGGUACUGGAAUGCGCUGUUUCUGGGUAUCCAACGCCAACCAUCGUAUGGAUGCAAGGAGAUGAACCUGUGCCAAUCAGGACAAGGAAAUACUCUGUGCUGGGAGGCAGCAAUCUACUAAUUUCCAACGUAACAGAUGACGACGCCGGAGCGUACACGUGUGUGGCUACCUACAAGAAUGAAAACACCAGUUUUUCUGCAGAUCUCACUGUUAUGGUGCCACCACAGUUUUUAAAUCAUCCUGCAAACCUUUAUGCCUAUGAGAGCAUGGAUAUUGAGUUUGAAUGCGCUGUUUCAGGAAAACCUUCUCCUACAGUCAAGUGGACCAAAAAUGGUGAAGUGGUCAUCCCCAGUGACUACUUUCAGAUUGUGGAUGGCAGUAACCUAAGAAUUCUGGGACUGGUGAAGUCAGAUGAAGGCUAUUACCAAUGUAUAGCUGAAAAUGAGGCUGGGAAUAUCCAAACCUAUGCACAGCUAAUCAUCCCUGAUCCUGCUGUCCCCAGUUCCAGUAUCCUCCCCUCUGCUCCCCGAGAUGUGGUCCCUGUCUUGGUUUCCAGUCGAUUUGUUCGUCUUAGCUGGAGGCCACCCGUUGAGUCCAAAGGGAACAUACAGACAUACACGGUCUACUUCUCCAAGCAAGGAGUACAAAGGGAACGGGCUGUGAAUACAUCACAACCUAUAUCACUGCAGAUAACCGUGGGGAAUCUAACACCGGAGGAGACCUACAAUUUUCGAGUGGUGGCCUAUAAUGAAUGGGGUCCUGGAGAAAGUUCCCAAGAGGUCAAAGUUGUAACCCAACCUGAAUUGCAAGUUCCAGGACCCGUGGAGAAUCUUCAAGUUGUCUCUACUGCACCUACCUCAGUCUUGAUUUCCUGGGAUCCCCCUGCUUAUGCAAAUGGCCCUGUUCAAGGAUACAGAUUGUUUUGUGCAGAAACUUUUUCAGGGAGAGAACAGAAUAUCGAAGUGGAUGGAAUUGUAUACAGACUUGAAGGACUUAGAAAGUUCACAGAGUACAGUAUACGAGUCUUGGCCUACAAUCGCUAUGGGCCUGGAGUGUCUUCUGAAGAACAUACAGUUGUCACCCUUUCUGACGUGCCCAGUGCCAUGCCACAGAAUGUCUCCUUGGAAGUCGCUAACUCCAGGAGUAUAAAAGUCAGCUGGUUACCUCCUCCACCGGGAACACAAAAUGGAUUCAUUACAGGCUACAAAAUUCGGCAUAGAAAGACAACCAGGAGGGGGGAACUUGAAACUCUAGAACCCAACAACCUCUGGUAUCUCUUCACAGGACUUGAAAAAGGAAGCCAAUACAGUUUUCAAGUGGCUGCUAUGACUGUAAAUGGAACUGGACCCUCUUCAGACUGGUACACAGCUGAAACACCAGAGAAUGAUCUUGAUGAAUCCCAGGUUCCAGACCAGCCAAGUUCUCUUCAUGUAAGACCAUUAACAACCAGUAUCAUUAUGAGUUGGACUCCGCCGCUGAACCCCAACAUUGUAGUGAGAGGCUACAUUAUUGGCUAUGGAGUUGGAAGCCCAUAUGCAGAAACAGUCAGGGUGGAUAGCAAACAGCGAUAUUAUUCGAUUGAAAAUUUAGAGCCAAGCUCCCAUUAUGUCAUUUCACUAAAAGCUUUUAAUAAUGCUGGGGAAGGCGUCCCUCUCUAUGAAAGUGCCACCACUCGAUCACAAACAGUCCCAGAUAUGUCCACCCCCAUGCUCCCACCAGUAGGUGUUCAGGCGGUUGCACUUACGCAUGAUGCAGUGAGAGUCAGCUGGGCGGACAACUCUGUCCUUAAGAACCAAAAGACGACCGAAGUGCGUUUCUAUACUAUACGCUGGAGAACGAGCUACUCAGCCAGUUCAAAAUAUAAGUCUGCUGACACAACAUCUCUAAGUCAUACUGUAACGGGCUUGAAGCCAAACACCAUGUAUGAAUUUUCAGUAAUGGUCACAAAGGGUAGACGCUCAAGCACUUGGAGUAUGACAGCUCAUGCCACUACUUACGAAACAGCUCCAACAUCUGCCCCGAAGGACUUGACAGUUAUCACAAGGGAAAGGAAGCCUCGAGCUGUUAUUGUGAGCUGGCAGCCUCCGAUCGAAGCCAACGGCAAAAUUAUUGAUUUCAUACUUUUCUACACUUUGGACAAGAACCUGCAGCUAGAUGACUGGAUCAUGGUGACAAUAACUGGUGACAGAUUAACUCAUGAAAUUCUGGAUCUAAACCUAGACACUGCCUACUAUUUUAGAAUCCAGGCACGCAACGCCAAAGGAUUGGGACCUCUGUCUGAACCAAUUACUUUUCGGACGCCUAAAGUGGAACACCCUGACAAAAUGGCUAAUGACCAAGGUCGUCAUGGAGAUGGAGGGUACUGGUCAGUAGAUACAAACUUGAUUGACAGGAGCAGCCUCAAUGAGCCUCCGAUAGGACAAAUGCACCCACCACAUGGCAGUGUUACCCCACAGAAAAACAGCAACUUGUUAGUCAUUAUUGUGGUGACGGUUGGGGCUAUUACGAUUCUGGUGGUGGUAAUCGUAGCGGUGAUCUGUACACGGAGAUCUUCAGCCCAGCAGAGGAAAAAACGCGCCACGCACAGCGCUGGCAAGCGAAAAGGCAGCCAAAAAGAUCUGCGGCCUCCUGACCUUUGGAUCCACCAUGAGGAGAUGGAAAUGAAGAACAUUGAAAAGCCAUCUGGAUCGGACACGCAAGGAAGGGACUCCCCAAGGCAAAGCUGUCAAGAUAUAACUCCUGUUAGCCACAGUCAAUCAGAAUCACAGCUGGGCAGCAAAAGCACAUCACAUUCUGGCCCAGAUGCAGAUGAGGUUGGAAGCAACAUCUCAACAUUGGAGAGAACUCUUGCUGCCCGCCGAGCCACAAGGGCCAAACUCAUGAUCCCGAUGGACUCACAGCCCAGCAGUAACCCUCCUGUUGUGAGUGCCAUUCCUGUGCCAACUCUAGAAAGUGCCCAGUAUCCUGGCAUCCUUCCAUCACCAACAUGUGGCUACCCACACCCGCAGUUUACUCUACGACCGGUACCCUUUCCUACACUCACUGUGGACAGGGGUUUUGGAACUUCUCGAGUGACUGAGGUCCCAGCUUCCCAACAGUCAUCAGUUCUGUCACACCCUCAACCAGAACAUUCCACUAGUGAAGAUGCUCCAAGCAGAACAAUCCCCACUGCCUGUGUUCGGCCAACGCACCCUCUCCGAAGUUUUGCAAAUCCCUUGUUGCCGCCACCAAUGACUGCAAUGGAACCUAAAGUUCCUUAUACACCUCUGUUGUCUCAAACAGGGUCUGGCCUUUCCAAGGCACAAGUAAAGACAGCAUCAUUGGGGCUGGCAGGUAAAGCAAGGUCUCCGCUACUCCCUGUAUCAGUGCCAACAGCGCCAGAGGUUUCAGAAGAAAGCCACAAACACACAGAUGACCCUUCCAGUGUCUAUGAACAGGAUGAUUUGAGUGAACAAAUGGCCAGCUUGGAGGGGUUGAUGAAACAGCUAAAUGCCAUCACGGGAUCAGCUUUUUAACCGUGGCUGAAGAAAUCAUCAACCAUUUUGCUGUCAGAAGCAAUUGUCACACACUGUGAAAUUGUGUGUCGCAUGCAAUUUCUGUCAGCAAAAGGAUUUUUUUUAAAAAAAAAAA